AUGUCCUGCUUUCCCUAUUUCAACUCCCGUCACCAGAAGCUCAUCAAGAAGCUGUGGGCUGAGAAAGCUUUCCGGGAGGAGAUUCAGAGUUUUCGGGAGAAAAUGAAGAGCUUUCGGGAGAAGAUCAAGGCCUUUCGGGAAAAAAUCAGAGCUUUCAGGAUGGCUAUCCAAGCCUUCUGGGAAGAGGAAAAACCCAUCUGGGAGGAGGAAACUGCCUUUCGUGAGGAAGAAAAGGUUUUUCAGGAGGAAGCAAAAGCCUUCUGGAGGGAAUAUCGUGACUUCUGGAAGGAAUACAAUGUUUUCUGGAAGAAAGAUGAGGAUUUCUGGAAAGAGGAUCAGCACCUCUGGGAGAAAGACAGAGUCCUUCUGGAUGAGGACAGAGUCCUAUGGGCAGAAGAGAUAGCGCUGUGGGCAGAUGAAAAAGCUCUCCUGGAAGAGGAAAGAGCGUUCUGGAAAGAUGAGGAAGCCCUCCGAGAAGAUGAAAAAAUCCUCCAGGAGGAUGAAAUAUUAAUCUGGGAGGGGGCGUUUGGUCCCGGGAGAGAAGAACGACUGCUUCUGGCUGUCGCCGUUGUUGCUGAGAGUCACAGUCCCACUAGCUGCAGAGGAAAAGCGUAA